CUGCUUACAUUGUUUAUUGUGCUGUACUGUGUUUGCGUUAUUGGAAAAUAAUUUACAAUUAUUAAUCAAUUACAAAUAAAAAUACAUUUCGGGGUCUUAUCAAUUCAUAUUAAAAUGCCAACAAACACUUCCAUGCCAAGUAUUGCUUUAGAAAACGGAUUGGAUUUGAGACAACUUUGCACAACGGGUUCAAUACUCCACAUAAACGACGAUUUAGAAGAGGGUCACGGUUUAGAGACAGAGAGGGAAGAUGCUAGAACUUUUGACCAUAUUGGGAAACCUGUAAAAUGCUUGAAUACCUUAGAGCAGCAAUUGACUCCUGUGGAUACGGAUGGUUGUGUCAAAAAGAAGAUUCUGGAACAAGGAGGCGGUUUCCCACUUCACGAGGGUUGCACAGUCCAUAUAGCAUACACUGGGUUCUGGGAAGAUGUGGAAGAACCAUUUGAUGUUCGGAAAAUGCAUAAGCCAUUGGUUGUGGACUUAAAGGACAAUGACUUGUUACCAGGCCUACAAAUCGCUGUCAACUCAAUGCUGGUUGGGGAAAUGUCAGUUUUCCUCCUGUCUUACAAAGUCAUGUUCGGGGAGUUUGGGGUCCCGCCUCGAAUAAAACCAAAAGCGGAUUGUGUAUUCUACAUCAAACUCAUUAAGAGUAUUCUGACUCCUGUUGAAGGUGAUAUAAACUACACAGAGCCCAACAUGUUCCAGCGAGUUUUCACCUCAGUAACUAAACUCUACAGUUCUGGCGUCACCUUACAUAAAUCUAAAAAUACAAUGGCCGCAGUCCACCUCUUCAGGAAGUCGAUCGCCAUGCUGCACAAAUGUCGGUUGGCUAAUGAAGAGGAGGAAAAAAAACAAGAGAAAAUGCUGGUAAAGUUGUAUUUGAAUCUGGCUAUUUGUUCUAAUGCUUUGGAACAACCAUUGAAGGCUUGCAUUGCUUGCAAUGAGCUGAACAGACUAGAAAGCCUAUGGAAUAACAGUAAAGCUCUCUUCCAACAUGCUAAAGCUUUACGAAUGAUCGGUCAGUAUGACGCAGCAGAAAAAAGAUUGCUAAGAGCACAGAAGUUAUGUCCGGAUAAAAGUGAGAUCAAAGAAGAAUUACUAUUACUUGAGAAAACUAGAACUAUCUGUGAUCAAAACAAAUUACUAGCUAAGAACUUUGUUCACCCGUCUCUGGAAUUAGUGAGCGAAGAUUUUAAAAAGGAGGUAGAUACUUUGAUAAAGAAUUUUAAAGAGAAUGUAAAUUUGUGCAAACUGACACUGCCGGGUGGUUUGAAUGCUGAAGAAAUGAAAUACGUAAAGGAGGCGUGUAUUAGAGAAAAUUUGUUUUGCAGUAGGAUAGAAAAGGAUUUUGCGUUAGAUAAAAGUAAUGAAAAAGAAAUUGAAGAAGGUGAAGAGCCACUACGUUUGUCAGAUUGUCCAGACAAUACUAGUGAAUUAUAAUGGUAGGUAUGUUUUUAUAUGUAAAGCAUAAUUCAUUCUAUUCUAUAUAGUGAGAGAGCGAGAGAGUAAUUAAAGACAAUGUCUUAUGUUCAAAAUGUUGACAGCAUAAUGGUUCGCUACACGUCUAUAUUAAAUGUGCAUGUAGGGAUACCGAACACAUUACAAUACAAAAUAUACUGUAUCACAAACAAAGUUCAAAUGUAUUGCUUGCCCUCUUAGUACGUACGUAAAUGACAUGUCUUAGCACAAAAAAACUAGUACACUGUACAACUGACAAACUUGCAAUAAUGAAUAUUAUGAUUUUUAAUCAAGCAUGUUACGAUCAUCUAGAAGUAACCAAAAUUAAAAGUUAUAUAGGGCGUGAACGCAACAGCACCAGCUUAUUUCACAAUAAUAACGAUUUCUAAGUUCAUUAUAUUGAUUUUAUUGAUUUAAGGAAUCUCAAAACUGUUAAGUAGUUUAUUCUACAAAGAGGCUGAUAUUGAUUCUACUGUUUUGUAUUACAAUAAAAUGAUGAAGUACUUUACUCAUAAAUAUUUUUGUUAAACUAAACUA